AUGGCAAAAAGCAGUACGACAUGCGAAAGUUUCCUUCAGAAACCCCUUCUGGUUGUGGGAUUCAUAAUUCUCAUCGUAUCACUUGCUGGAUUUAUUGGGGCUUGUUGUCAUGUUGCAUGGGCACUUUGGGUGUAUCUGGUUAUCAUGUUGUUGCUUAUAGUGACUUUGAUGGCCUUAACAGUGUUUGGUUUCGUUGUAACGAGCCGGGGUGGUGGCGCUGUGGUGGCCGGUAGGGUUUACAGAGAGUACCAUCUCGAUAAUUAUUCUCCAUGGUUGAGGAAAAGAAUUAAGGAUCCUCAUUAUUGGAUGACUGUUAAGAGUUGUAUUUUGGGUUCAAAGACUUGUGCUAAGGUUGUUUCGUGGACGCCUUACGAUUAUUCGACCAAAGACUUGUCUCCGAUUCAGUCAGGUUGCUGCAAGCCGCCUACUUCAUGCAACUAUGCAUCGACAAUGGUAGCACAAGAAUCUGACUGCUACAAGUGGAACAACGAUCCGAACAUUCUGUGCUACGACUGCGAUUCAUGCAAGGCCGGAGUUCUCGAAGAUAUACGAAGAAAAUGGCACAAAAUCUCAAUCCUUAACAUUGUUAUGCUUGUUGUCCUCAUCGGAAUCUACAGCAUUGGCUGCUGUGCUUUCCAAAACGCGAAAAGGACAGAAUCAUAUUACCCUUAUGGUGAAAAUCGGAUGCAUAAAAGCCGCCCUAGAUGGGAUCACCAUUGGCGGGGAUGGAGGGUUCGAGGCAGGCUUAUAGAAGAAAAGAACACAGCACAGCUGCACAGUUAUGUAACUGAGAGAGGAUUUGCUGUGCUCACCUGA